UAGAAUAUUUACUUACACAGCGAACGAGAGAGAAAAGAGAAGAGAAGAAAAGUUUCUCUCUUUGUGCUCUGUGAAACCAAAAUUGAAAUCCCAUCGUAAUCAUAAAUCUCCGUUUUUUCUACGAAUUACGUUUCCUCUCUCUUGAUUCCACCAUUUCACUAUUUCGCAUUUUUUCUUCCCCAGUUUGGUAAACUUUUUAAAAGUUUUUGGUUUGCGAGAGGAAACAGGAUUUUGAAGGGUCUAGCUUUCUUGGGAUCCAUCAGAUUGUGUUGAAAAUAAUGUUUACGGGUUUAAACAGGUUGAUUGAUCAUACCACUAUGGGGAAACAUUUCUGACAUUCAAUGGAUCCCCAAGCUUUUAUCCGCCUUUCAGUAGGCUCUCUUGCCUUAAGAAUCCCCAAGGUCCUCUUAAACUCUUCUUCAAGAUCUGACGAGAAGAAGAACUUUUCUUCCCAAUGCUCUUGCGAAAUAAAACUCAGAGGCUUUCCUGUUCAGACAACGUCUAUCCCUUUGAUGCCGUCCCUAGAUGCAGCUCCUGACCAUCACAGCAUUUCCACAAGCUUUUAUCUUGAAGAAUCUGAUUUAAGAGCUCUCCUGACCCCUGGAUGCUUCUAUCAACCUAAUGCUCACUUGGAAAUUUCGGUUUUUACGGGUAAAAAGAGUUCGCAUUGUGGGGUUGGUGCUAAAAGACAGCAGAUUGGGAUAUUUAAGUUGGAGGUCAGUCCGGAAUGGGGACAAGGAAAACCAAUGAUUCUCUUCAAUGGCUGGAUUGGUAUUGGAAAGAACAAGAGAGAUGGUGGUGCAGAGCUUCAUUUGAGAGUGAAGCUUGAUCCUGAUCCUCGAUAUGUAUUCCAGUUCGAGGAUGUUACUACUUUGAGCCCUCAGAUAGUUCAGCUUCGUGGCUCGGUCAAGCAACCUAUCUUCAGUUGCAAAUUUAGCCGAGACAGGGUGUCACAGGUUGAUCCGUUGAAUGGAUACUGGUCAAGUUCAGGCGAUGGAACCGAGCUUGAGAGUGAGAGACGUGAGAGAAAAGGAUGGAAGGUGAAGAUACAUGAUCUCUCUGGCUCUGCAGUUGCUGCUGCUUUCAUAACAACUCCUUUUGUGCCAUCCACUGGCUGUGAUUGGGUCGCCAAGUCCAACCCUGGUGCUUGGCUUGUGGUCAGGCCUGACCCAUGCCGACCCAAUAGCUGGCAGCCAUGGGGAAAGCUCGAAGCUUGGCGGGAACGCGGGAUCAGAGACUCUGUAUGUUGCAGGUUCCAUCUCCUGUCAAACGGGCAAGAAGUUGGAGAUGUUUUAAUGUCGGAAAUUCUCAUCAGCGCUGAGAAAGGCGGCGAAUUUUUAAUCGACACGGAUAAACAGAUGCUAACGGUUGCAGCUACCCCAAUUCCUAGCCCACAGAGUAGCGGAGACUACUCGGGUUUGGGACAGUGUGUCUCCGGAGGCGGGUUUGUGAUGAGCUCGAGAGUGCAAGGGGAAGGGAAAAGCAGCAAGCCUGUUGUGCAAUUGGCUAUGCGGCAUGUAACCUGUGUAGAAGAUGCAGCCAUUUUCAUGGCGCUUGCUGCAGCUGUUGAUCUUAGUAUUCUGGCUUGUAAACCGUUCAGGAGGACGAGCCGGAGAAGGUUCCGGCAUUACUCAUGGUGAUUAAAAGGAAGUUUCUUUUUGUGGGUUUUUUCAUUGUACAGUUUUUGAAUUUGACCCAAGUCAUUGUAUUAGGAAGAAACUGGCUUAAGAUUAAGAAAUUUUAACU